AAAGGACACGAUUAUAGAAGCCAGAGAAAUAACGACGCUAGCCCCCCCAGGAAUAAAAUCACACUAGGACUAUAGAAAGAUGCUUGAAGCAGUGUUCUAUGAUACUGGUUGUGAAAUCCAUCUCUUCACUCAAAAGAAUAACAACAAUACAAAUAACAAAAAAGGCAGAACAGAGGCCAUAAUUAUAGAAAGCAAAAACACCACAUAUGCAGAGACCUUAAAAAAAAUUAAAGAGAACCUGACGGAUACAGACAUGAUAAAACAAAUAAAUAGAGCAAAAAGCACAACAAAAGGAGACCCACUGAUAUCACUAUCUAACACCGCAGAAGGGAAAACAAUUAAAGAGAAGAUCGAAACUAUUGUUAGAGGAGAACAAAAGGUAAGACUGCUAGAUGGUAACAAGCAGAUGACCAUACAUAUACACGGUAUCGAUGACGUCUCAACAAUCUAAGACAUAAAAAAUGCCCUAAGUAAAACGAAUCUCCUAAAAGAUAACUUUGAAGUGAAGUCACUGAGACCCAAUAGAGGAAACACACAAUC